CUGCCAUACUCACAGUUACAUCGCGGGGCAGCCGCUAUAGGGGCAAAGUGGAUCUCCCGCUCGCUCGCUGUUUGGUUUUUCCUGCUGCUGUUGCUCCACGAAUUCUCCCGGGGGAAGGACUUCAGGCGGGAGCUGCCUUUUUCAUGGCUUUUCUUCCCCAGGAUGAGAUCCCGAGUGCUGCCCCCAAGAGACUCUACACGCGAAUGGAAGCCUCCUGCCUCGAACUAGCCCUCGAAGGAGAGCGACUGUGCAAAGCUGGGGACUUCAAGGCUGGAGCAGCCUUCUUCGAAGCAGCGGUACAAGUGGGGACAGAGGAUCUGAAGACUCUUAGCGCUAUCUACAGCCAGCUGGGCAAUGCCUACUUCUACCUAAAGGAAUAUUCCAAGGCCCUGGAAUACCAUAAGCAUGACCUCACUCUAGCCAGAACCAUUGGGGACCGUAUCGGAGAAGCCAAGGCCAGUGGCAACCUUGGGAAUACAUUGAAAAUACUUGGGCAGUUUGAUGAAGCCAUCGUUUGUUGCCAGAGACACUUGGAGAUUUCUCAGGAGCAGGGAGACAAGGUAGGUGAAGCUAGAGCGCUGUAUAACAUUGGCAAUGUUUACCAUGCAAAGGGAAAGCAGUUGUCUUGGAGCAUGGCCCAAGACCCAGGGUCCCUGCCUCCAGAAGUCAAGGAGACGCUGCAGAGAGCUUCGGAAUACUAUGAGAGGAAUCUGUCUCUGGUGAAGGAGCUUGGGGACAGAGCCGCUCAGGGCCGAGCCUAUGGGAACCUCGGCAAUACCCAGUACUUGCUGGGGAACUUCAGCGAAGCCACGGCUUUCCACAAAGAGCGACUCGCCAUCGCCAAGGAGUUUGGGGACAAAGCGGCCGAGAGGAGAGCGUACAGCAACCUGGGCAAUGCGCACAUCUUCCUCGGCAGGUUUGACAUCUCGGCGGAGUACUACAAGAAAACACUCCAACUCUCCAGACAACUGAAAGACCAAGCAGUAGAAGCUCAGGCUUGCUACAGCCUCGGAAACACUUACACGUUGCUCCAAGACUAUGAGCGAGCCAUCGAGUACCAUCUAAAGCACCUGCUGAUAGCGCAGGAGCUGGGGGACAGAGUGGGAGAAGGAAGAGCCUGCUGGAGUCUAGGAAAUGCCUAUGUCUCUCUCGGGAACCAUGACCAAGCCCUGCGCUUUGCAAGGAAACAUCUUGAAAUCUCCCAAGAGAUCGGGGAUCGGAAUGGGGAGCUGACGGCUCGAAUGAACGUGGCCCAGCUGAAGUCAGCCCUUGGCGAUGAGGAUGGGGAUGCAACCCGUCACUUCGCUGGCUACGAAGCGCAAGGAGCCAGGCCUAAGAGAAACCAAAGGAACAGCAUGGACAGUUUAGACCUCUUGAAGUUCCCCUCCGAAAAGGAGCAGAAUGGGGAUAGCCACCACAUGGGAAACCUGAAGAUCACAGGAAAGGACUUCUUGUCUCUGCCUGUGAGAUCCAAGAAAUACCAGGAGAACCAGUCCAGUUCAGAGAGGAAAUCCCAGGAUUCCAAUACGUCACCACUGGAUGCCAGUGAUGUCCGACUCCAGGUGUCUCAAUCGAAAAUCAGCCGGGCCCCUUCAGACGAGGAAUGCUUCUUUGACCUGCUGAGCAAGUUCCAGAGCAGUCGAAUGGAUGACCAGCGCUGCCCGCUAGAAGAAUGCCAAACAGAGGCUGCAGAGGCUGCUGCCACCUCCGUGCCUGCCCUGGAAGAAAGAAUAUCUCAGUCCUCGUUAAUAGCAUCUCCGCAGACCGAGGAGUUCUUUGAUCUCAUCGCCAGCUCCCAGAGCAGGCGGCUGGAUGACCAGCGUGCCAGCGUGGGCAGCCUGCCCGGCCUCCGCAUCACUCACAACAACCUGGGGCACCUGCGCAUGGAGGGGGAUGCCCAGGAGCCAGGGGACGAGUUCUUCAACAUGCUCAUGAAAUGCCAGUCAUCCCGGAUAGACGACCAGCGCUGCGCUCCCCCGGACGCCGUCCCCCGUGGCCCCACCAUGCCUGACGAAGACUUCUUCAGCCUCAUCCAGCGCGUCCAGGCCAAGCGUAUGGACGAGCAGAGGGUGGAUCUGGCUUCGGCCCAGGAGGACCAGCAGCAGAGGAGACCCAGCUCCAGCUAAGAAUUGGGGGUUUGCUUUGAGGAAAGUGUCGUCUGUUGAAAAACUGAGCCCAGCUGCUCCGUGGCAGACGUUCCUGGGGAGGAGCAGCCCUGCCCCGUGAAGGGGGUGGGUAUAGAGAGGGAGGGGGUGUUUCCUGCCACUUUUGGGGGUUUAUCUUUCCUUGGCGUAGGGGCUGGGCAGGUUCACAAGCUGGGGACAGUUUUUCUAUAUGGCUUUUUAUAGGCAACCAAUGACUGUUCUACAGCUGAGCAAAGCUAGGAGGAACUGCUCACACACGGCUCGGGGCUGGGCCCAGAGUGCCAGGGACGUAGACUGAGAACUGGUGAACUGGCUGCUGCAGCCCCCCCGCCAGCGGUGCCUGGGAGUGUCUGCACCCCCCUGCCGAGCUCUGUGAGGAAGGGGCGGCCAGAGGCAGAGGGUGCAACCGUGGAGAAGCUGAAGGCGGCCAGCAGUUAGUGUAACCCUGAGCCCUGGCUGCAGCGACCAUGGUCCUACGUGCCGUAAUGUAUUUUAUUUCUGCCACACGUGGGCUAACGGGGCACCUCCCUUUUCUUUGGACUCCUCCCGGGUCUGGCCAGGAGCCGUUUGGCGCUGUCUUCACCAGCCUGCCAAGGUGACAGUGGGAGCCAUUGGAGCUGGGGUCCUGCCCUGCAGUGCCAAGCAAGGCCAGCUCAGAUGCUGUGCACACGUGGGGCUGCCCCCGCUCAAGCAGCAGCAGCAUGGAGAUUGCCCCUACCUGUCUCCGGUGCCAUGCUGGCUGUGCUGUUACAGGGGAGCAGGGAACUCUGGAGUGGAACCUGUGACCAGGAACCAAGUGGUCCCCGGUAUACUUGGCACUAGCCCCUGACAGCUGUUGGCCUGUAUCAAAGAGCUCCUGGGUGUUUGCCUCACAACUGGCCCUGCUGGCAGUGAAGCCCACGGGGGCCCCAUCGGGUUCAGGUGGAAGCAAAGCAGCAGGGGCUAAAACUUGUUUUGCUGCGUGUUGUGAAGCUGGAACCUCACGCCCCAGGGCUGUCACUCCAGCCCCGUUCACUACCCUAGGAAUACAGCUGCCACGUGUUUUUAGAGGAACGCUGUUAGUCUGUCCAGUGUGAAUCUAGCUUAGAGCACUGCCCACAUCUAAGGGGCUUAAUAGCACUCCUCCUUUCUCUUGCAGUAGGCGCUAGAGGCCUCCAGCCUGGCAGGCAUGAUGUGGGCUAAGCACAGCAGCUCUUCAAAGUGACAGGAGCGCACAGGGAAGGUGCUGACUUUGGUGGGGACUUGUCACUUUCAAAUAGGCUGAAAAACAAUGCCCCUCCCUCCCCCAAAAGCCCUGAGCCCGCACCCAGAAUGGGGCUAGCUGUACCGAGGUGCCACUUUGCACUGCUGCGGCAGCUGGGACUGGCAGGGCUGAAUCACAAGCUGUGCCGGUCCUCAGCGGGCCGUCCAGCUACUGCUCGUCUCCCCGAAGCCCAUGCCUGGGUCGAGGGCCGAGUCCCUGUCGCGCUCAGGAGCAGCAAGAAAUUCAGCCCGGUGGCACUUAGCCCAACUGAACGGAUGCUGGGAAGAGGCACCAGUGCGCUAACAUGUGUAGAUGUUCUCGGUGCGAGCAGGUAGAAUUCACCCUCAGUACUGCCGGAUGGAUGGAUGGGGCCAUCGCUCCCUGUAUUGUAUUCGGUAAGAGGGGCCACCCCGCCAGGCUCCUGCUGUUAAGACAACAUGACCAGCUGUGGACUUGUGCCCCUGCCGUGCCUGGCCCGGCCACAAACUGGAAUCUGACCAAUCAGCUUGCGGAAGCGUGAUGUAAUUGCCAUAUACUUGAAUGUAUGAGCUUAUUUAUUUUUUACAUGUGCAUUUGCUAAUGUCAUUUUAAGGGGGAAUUUCAACCCCCCCGGUACUUGUUUUUUUCCUUAAAAAAAAAAAAAAAAAAUCUGCCAAAUGAAUUAAUAUAUAGAAAUACAUAGGGCUUGGGGAGGGGCGGGAAGGGUUAUGCUUAAUAAACAUUUGUGGUCUAAACUUC